CGCCAUGGAUCAGCAUGCCAUAGAGCAGCCGAGCUGAGGCCCCUCAUCCAGUAGAAUGGCGAGUUUACCACGGCAGACGACGACCCUGACGGGCUUGGCUCUCGGGCUAGUGGCGUUCCUCUGCGCCGCCGGCCCGUGCUCGGGGAGCGGCGGCGCGUCCGUGCCCAGCGUCGUCACCGAGGCGUUCUUCAACGGAAUCAAGUCUCAGGCCGGGGACGAGUGCGAGGGCAAGAACUUCUACACGCGGGGCGCGUUCCUGAGCGCCGCCGGCUCGUUCCCGGGCUUCGCGCGCGGCGGCUCGGAGGGCGACGGCAAGCGCGAGGUCGCCGCCUUCUUCGCGCACGCCACGUACGAGACCGGACACUUCUGCUACAUCAGCGAGAUCAACCGGGCGAACGUGUUCUGCGACGCGAGCAGCAGGCAGUGGCCGUGCGCCCCGGGGAAGAAGUACUACGGGCGCGGCCCGCUGCAGCUGUCGUGGAACUUCAACUACGGGCCGGCGGGGGAGAGCAUCGGCGUCGACCUGCUGCGGGACCCGGACCGGGUGGCGAAGGACCCCGUGGUCUCCUUCAAGGCGGCGCUCUGGUCCUUGAUGAGCAGCGCGCACCAGGCCGUGCCGCGGGGGUUCGGCGCCACCGUCGGGGCCAUCGACGGCGGCCUCGCGUGCGGCGGGAGGAACCCCGCCCAGGUGAACGCGCUGGUGGGCUACUACAGGCGGUACUGCCAGCAGCUCGGCGUCGGCCCCGGCAAUAACCUCACCUGCUAGGCGUGCCGCGUCCAUGGAUGGAUGGAUUGAUGGAUGCUUGGCUCGUGACCUCGUGUGAAGAAUAAAUCGCCUGACGGCUGAAGUAGGGAAGGUGAAGAAACCGGGAGGUUCCCGAGUGCGUACUAGUAAUACUAGUAGAAAUCAAAAUAAUGCACAGUUGGGACGAUGUUAUUCUACCUGAAUAACGUAGCAUUUGCAAUGCGCAGCAGAGGGGCAUGAACGCUUGGCAUCAGGCCAUCACAAUAAUAACGACCAAACGUGUCGAGAAGGCUAAGAGUCUCUAGCUGGCUUCAUCGCCUGAUUCAGGCAG